AUGAAGAAAAACAACAAACUGUACACUUUUAUUGCCAUGAGAGACACCUUUUUCUCUGAACUUGGCAUUGGGCUCUUAGCCAACGCCCUCCUUCUUGUCUUCCAUGUCCUCACGUUCCUUCUUGAGCACAGGCCCAAGGCCACUGACCUGACCAUCAGCCACUUGGCCCUAAUCCACCUAGUGAUGCUGCUGACCUUAGGUUUCAUAGCCACAGACAUUUUUGGGUCUCAGGAUUUUUGGGAUGACAUCGAGUGUAAGGCAGUUCUGUACUUGUACAGGUUGAUGCGGGGCCUCUCCAUCUGCACCACCUGCCUGCUGAGUGUCCUCCAGGCCAUCACCCUCAGCCCCAGGAGCUCCUGUCUGGCAAAGUUCAAACAUAAAUGCUCACAUCACAACCCAUGUGUCUUUCUCUUCCUGUGGGUCUUCUAUGUGUCUAUUAACAUUCACCUAUUAAUCUCCACUAUUGCCACCCCUAAUUUGACCUCAGACAGUCUAAUGUUUGUUUCUGAAUCCUGUUCUCUUUUGCCCCUGAGUUACAUUUUGGGGCACAUAAUUUCCACACUGGUGACCUUCUGCGAUUUCUCUCUCAUAGGCCUCAUGGCCCUCUCCAGUGGAUACAUGGUGGUUCUCUUGUACCGGCACAAGAGGCAGUCCCAGCAUCUCCACAGCACCCACCUUUCCUCAAAAGCCUCCCCAGAAAAUAGGGCCUCCCGGACCAUUCUGCUGCUCAUGAGUUUCUUUGUCAUCAUGUACAUUUUAGAUUGCAUUGUCUCCUCCUAUUCCUCAGGAAUAUUGUGGAACAGCAACCCAGUUCUUUAUUGUGUCCAGAUGUUUGUGAGCAAUGGCUAUGCCACCAUCAGUCCUUUGCUGCUAAUCAGUACUGAAAAACGAAUGAUCAAGUUCCUAACGUCCAUGUUGGGGAAGAACAGAAAAUGUUUAACUUCUCAGUGA